UACAAUUCCAAUGCUUAUUUGCAGAAACUCCAAAAACCCAGAGCCCAGAUGCGUUUUGCAGCAUUGAAGAGGUAAGAUUACAGAAGACCUGUCUCUAUAUUCUAUGUGGAUCUUUUUCAUUGAUAAAAACCCAAGUUCAGUUCUUGCAUUUCUUAUAUGAAUCCUGCUCACCACCUCUCAAACCUACUAUUAAUUUUCAUAGUAUUUCUGGGUUUUGAAGGGAAAAUAAGAUGAAAUGGUGGAGUUGUAUCUCUUCCAAUAUCCCUCACUGAGACCAGUCAGACCCAUCAAGAUUCAACCUGAAGAAAUUAAUUUGCUCUGUUUUACACAUCCAAUCAAAUGCCAGUCGAAGAGGUGCACUUAUUCAUCCAUAACCAAGUUACCAACCCAUGUAAAAUUCUCACAAACUCUUACCAAGUUCCAGUCUAUGCCCAUGAAUUCCCAACAGAGGAUCACCCAAUUCUCCCCUGCAACCUUACAAGUUCUUGCACAAAUCUUAAAACAUGGUCCCUUACCUGAUGUAGUCAUAUACACAACCUUUAUUAAAUUCCUUGGAGAUUCUGGCCAUGCCACUGAAGCCUUUGAACUCUUUGCCCUUAUGAAAGAAACACAUAACCCUGAUGUAGUUUCCUUCACAGUCCUUAUCCGAAUACUCUGCGACUCCAAGAUGGUUGAGCAAGCUCUUGAUCUCCUUCAUGAAAUGCCAAAAUACAAUUGCAGACCAGAUGCAUUUUGCUACAACACCUUAAUUGACAAGGUUGGGGAAGCUGGUCUUCAAGAACAAGUUCAAGAACUUUUGUCAAAGAUGCAGUCUGAUGGCAUCAAUCCGGAUGUUGUGACGUAUAGUACACUUGUUAAAUCACUAUGUGUUACCAACAAGAUGGAAGAAGCCAUUUCUAUGUUAAGAUGGAUGGAGAAGGGGAGAAUUAACAAGCCAAAUACUUAUGCAUACAACACAAUUAUGAAAGCCUAUUUGGAUCAUGGGCAGAUAAGAGAAGCUCUAGGAGUCAUGGGGAGGAUGGUGAUUCAAGGAUGCAACAUGGAUUUAUGCAGUUUUAACUUGUUUAUCAAAUAUUAUAGUGAUUUAGGUGAGGGUACAGAGGCUUAUAUGUUCUUGAGAAGGAUGAUUUCUGAGGGAGUUAAGGUUAAUGCAACCAGUUACUGUAUAUGCAUAAAUGGACUUAUCAAGCAGGGUAAGGUUGCGGAAGUGAUUGAGUUGAUAGAGAGGAUCAAACAGUCAUGUGUUACAAUUAGCAUUUUUACUUGGAAUAAGCUGAUAAUGUGGUUAGGGGCAAUGGGUAGAAUGGAUGAAGCUUAUGAAGUCUUCUUGGGGCUAGAAGACCCAAAUGAAAUUACCAUGAAUACUGUAGUUCACAUGCUUUAUAAGCAUGGAAGAGGUGACAAAGCUUGGGAAGUUUUCAAUAUGAUGAAAGAGAGGAAAAUUGAAGCUUCAGUUGUGACUUACAACAUAUUGGUCCAUUGGCUUGGGAGGGAGUACAGGAUCUCUGAGGCAUUUGAGAUAGUGAAUCAGAUGGAAUCUGAGCACCAAUUGUUGCCUGACAUAAUCACAUACAAUUGCCUUUUGGGUGGGCUGUGUAAUGCAGGUCAAGUUGAUGAAGCUUGUAGGCUUGUCUUGGCAAUGUCUGAGAAAGGGUACCAACCUGAUUUGAUUAGUUAUAAUACACUGAUUAAUGGUAUGAUUAGUGUUGGUAGAAUGGAUGAUGCGUCGAAAUUGUUUGAACAAAUGAGCAUGAGACUCUCUGCUCAUUCAGUUCCUUUAGAGAGACUGGUUAUGGACAUCUUGAGAGGAAACUAGUUACAUUUGAUCCAUUC